AUGGACGCGCAGCUGGACGCUCUGCAUACCUCCGUUGCGCAGUUGCGUGCGCAGAAUCGACGCGCAGCUACACAGGCAAGCAAGCCGGCCUAUUUUACCAAUGCUGUGCUCAACCCUACCAAGAUGGACAUCUUGGACUUGAUUCGCGAUGCGGAUGCAUUUGAGGCCUCGUUGUUUGUCGCGACACGUUCGCGCUUUGGCGAGCAUAGUGCGAGCACGUCCACAGCUGCACCAGAGCCGCCCAAGCCGGCGAUGCGUACCGUGCCGAUGCCGACGCCCUUGAAGCAGCCACAGCGCGAGGAUAGCGAUGCCCGUACGUACCUCCUCGCCGCGGAAAAACUCUUGCACAACUACCAUACGGCCCCUAGAGCACGGAAGCACAUUCGCAUGCUGCUUAAGCGCGACGGCGAAUUGCAGCGUCAUACGGCACGCUACCAGGCGACAAUUGAGCAGGCCGAACGUGCACAGCAGCAGCAGCAGCAGAGUACGCCACGGACGCCGCAACGUGGGGCUACUACACCACGCCCACCCUCGAAUGCGGCACAAACGGAGCUGGAGCGUGUGAAGGCCGAGAUCCAGCGAGAAAAGAUGGAAAUCGUCGCAUUGGAAUCCAUGCUGGCAGAUCUCUCGAACGCUGCCCAGCCGAUUGGCCCGUCACAAACCAGUCUUCGUCGCGCUAGUCCUGCACGUACGACACCACAGAAACAAACGCCACGUCGUGAUGGCCCUGCUUCUCUUCGUCAAAGCACAGUCCAGACGCCGUACACGUCCUCCCUGCGGCAGAGCUUGGCUCGUCGACAGGCCGCGACGCCUCGAACGCCAGGUAGGCCCUCUCCUGCACCUGCACCUGCGCCUAGAUCUGCAUCAACGUUGGCCGCCUCUACUAGUGCGUCGCCCGCAGCGCGACGGACCCUGCGUCAAAGCACAGCGACCUCCACGCCCACGCGCACGACGCCUCAUCGUCGCGAGCCGGCAUUGGGACGCAGCGUCGUGGGCACACCUACAAGUGCAGCCUCGCCACGUCGCACACCUACACGUGCACUGGCGCAGACCGUCAGCGGUCCUCCUACACCAGCAUCCACGGCUUCGACGACGCAGCGAUCCCCUGUACGCCGCCCUACGACGCCGUCCAAGGGGGCUAAAACGGCGAACCCGUCAUUGGUCCCGCACGGUGUCAUGCCGCCCGUUAGCGACGAAUUGGAACGCAUUACGGCUAUGCUAUGGCGUGGAUUUGGCGAGUCGAUGCGGUACGCAGCGCCUGGCUGUGCGUCGGCAUCGUACGCAGCGACGUUUGGUGUGCUUCGUGCUUUGGAGCAAUGUGCGCCACAACAAGACGAUAUGCCGUCGGGCGACGCGCCGAAUCCUACCUCGCCUCUCCCUGUGAUGGUGGUCAUGAUGGCACAUGUUCUUCUCUUGCUGAUGCGAUCUCCAGCGCCUCAUACCCUUUCUCUCCCGGCGAUCAAGACCUUCAGUGAGAAGUGGUGGAAACAGCAAGGGCAGCCCGAUCUACAGGCCGCCCAGGCACAGCCGGCGACACGCAAUACCCUGGUACAACACGUGGGCUUGGAUGCGACAGAAGGUGAGCAGACGGGCGAGGCGUUAGCAACACGCGCCGUGUACGGCCUCGUGGCCAAGAAGCUCUUACGUAUUCAACGUGCUGGCGGCGCUGCGAAUGUGCGAUUCGCGUAG